AUUCUAUAACAAUCUAAUCUGGUCUGUAAAAUUAAGUUAUCUGAAAUCUCGUAGUUGUUAAACUUGAUUUUCUCUAUACUUUUUGUUUGUUCAAUAUAUGUAUAUAUUAUGCAUAGAGCACAAUCAUUUUGGUAGCUUUUUGGAAGAACACAUGAUUAUCAUUGGUGAUGUUCUAUCAUUUCGAGGGACAAAUCCAUCGUCUCUCAAUUAUAUUUUUAUUUAUUAAGAAAUAUAUCUUUAAUUUAAAUAAAAAUAAAACCAUUAAAGUAGAUAUACGACAGGCUUUUCUUGAUACCAAGUACCAGCACGUAUUAAUGUCCUGAUCCUGUAUUGUCUUUUCUUGCUAAAUUAGAAACUCUGUAUUGUUGUUUUAAGUUUCUAUAUAUAUAUAUAUAUAUAUGUCUAGAGAGGACAUGUUAAAGCUUGGUGGAACCACUAGAGAUUAAGUUGAGAAGAGAAGACGAUUGCUACGUACCGGCAACUUUUUAGCAUGGAGAGUGAAGUUCAGCGUCCACUUGCUGAUUUUCCAGUGAACAUCUGGGAAGAUAUCUUAACUUCGUUCUCAAAUUCGGAUCUUGGAAGUGAUAAACUUAAAGAGAAGCAUAUUACUCUAAAGGAGACUGUGAAGGAGUCGUUUAUGGCUUCAGGAGCGAACCCAAUAGAGAACAUCAAGUUCAUCCACACACUAUGUCGCCUUGGUGUCUCCUAUCAUUUUGAGAAAGAUAUCCCAGAGAAACUGGAGAAGUCGUUUGAUUGUCUUGAUUUUAAUCAGAAGAUACGAGAAGAAGGAUGUGAUUUGAGCACGGUUGGAAUAGUUUUCCAUGUUUUUAGGCAAUUCGGGUUUAAACUUUCAGCUGAUGUGUUUAACAAGUUCAAGGACGAGGAUGGGAAGUUCAAACCACAAUUAGUGGCAGAUGCAAGGGGCAUGAUAAGCUUAUAUGAAGCUGCACAAUGGAGGACUCCUGGAGAAGACAUUCUUGACGAAAUUCUCGCGUUCUCAAAUUCUCAUUUAGAAGAAAUUUCUUCUCGGUCUAGCCCUCAUAUCGCAACACGCAUCAAGAACGCCCUAAAACAUCCAUUUCACAAAGGCAUCUCCAGGAUAGAAACGAGGCAAUUUAUCUCAUACUACGAGGCUGAAGAUAAGUGUGACUCAACAUUACUUGAGUUUGCAAAGAUCGACUUUAAUUUGCUGCAAAUGCUACACCGCCAUGAGCUUGCUUGUGUAACCAGGUGGCACAAAGAAAUGGAGUUUGAAUCUAAAAUAACAUACGCAAAACAUAGAGUUGCCGAGGCGUGCUUGUGGGCAGUUGGAACAUACUCUGAGCCUGAGUAUUCUCAAGGACGAGUUUUAUUAGCAAAUGUAGUCAUCUUACUCACAGCGCUUGAUGAUACAUAUGAUGCGUAUGGCACAAAAGAGGAACUUGAGCUUUUCACAUAUGCAUUGGAAAAGUGGCUUCCUGAAGCACCUAACGGGAUACCUGACAGCAUGAAACACCUUUACCGCGUCAUAAUCGAUUUCUAUGAUAAACUCGAGGAUGAGCUUGAGAAGCAAGGAAGGUCCGGUUGUGGCUUCCAUCUUAAAAAAUCAUUGAUAUCAACAGCCAAUGGUUACAUGCAAGAGGUAAACUGGUCGAGAAAAGAUUACACUGCUAAAUUUGACGAGUAUAAGGAGAAUGCUAUCUUGUCUUCCGCUUACUAUGCCAUAAUGGCCGUGACAUUCGUGGGAAUGGGAGAUGUGGCGAAACUUGAUGCUUUUGAAUGGUUAAGUUCGCAUCCUAAAAUUAGGAUAGCAGCUGAGAUGAUCUGUCGAUUCACAGAUGACAUUACUAGCUACGAGUUUGAACACAAAAGGGAGCAUGUAGCAACAGGCAUCGAUUGUUACAUGAAGCAAUUUUGUGUUUCCAAGGAAUUAGCCGUAGAUGGAUUAUUCAACAUUGUUUCAAAUGCUUGGAAGGAGUUGAAUCAAGAGCUAAUGAGGCCUCACUCAUUUCGUUUCCCUUUCUUGAUGCGAAUUCUUAACCUUUCGCGUAUCAUCGAUGUUGUCUAUAGGUACGAAGAUGCUUACACCCACCCCGAGUUCUUGAAAGAGCACAUCGUCUCUUUGCUCAUUGAAAAUAUCCCCAUUUAAGAUUUGUAUUGUGGUGGAAUGGUGGUGAUUAUAACAGUCCAUGAAAUUUGAACUGAUCCAUUAAUACACAAUGAAGGCAAGGCAAUUUCUUAUAAUACGGUAGUUGAGCUAUGUCGAUCCAACAUAUUAUUUGUAUUUCUUCAAUCCCUCUCACUUAAUCUGUGUUACUGCUGUAUUUGUACCUAUUGUUAUCAGUAAAUUGUUUUUUUUUUCGAUUAUCAACCCAUUUGUAUUUUAUAUAACUAUUAUUUCCA